GGGGGUAAGCCUGAGAGGGGCGGAGGACGGGUCAUGGCCAACGAACUGGCUGUGAACAGUCCUAGCCGAUCGAGAGCCAGCAGCUUCGCCUAUUCACCAUGGGAGGAGGAGGAGCAGGACGAGUUGGCCCUGGCUUUCGACUGGACUGCCCAGGAGACGGCGGCUGCCAUCGCCGCCAAGGCACUGCGCGCCGCCAUUGCGGCAAUGCGCGCCGCACCCUGCGCCCCCCCUGCCGUCACUACGGGCAGUCCCCCUCCAUCGCCGGAGCGGGAGAUCGUCAUGGAACGCCUGACCGCUCUGCGAUUAGCGCUGCGAACCUUCCGAACAGCUGCAUGCUGUUUUGUGGACAUGACGGCAACGAAAGAGUAUUGGUUGUCCGCCGCGUGGCAAGGGGGUAGUUGGACUCGGCGCAGCAGGCGGAGGAGCAGAAGCCGAUUCAGCGGAAGGGUGCCGAGAGAGAGGGAGAGGGGAGGAGGAGGAGAGGAGGCCACGCCGUCUAAUCAUCACCGUGACGACAAUACCAUGUCUGAGGCGGGGGGAAGCGGGCAGGUGACACCGCGAGAGCGGGGCGGAGCUCUAGGCAAAGGGGGAGUCGGGGUUGGUGGUGGAGUAGGGGUUGGGGAGGGAGCCCAUCCCUCAUUGUUGGCGGAGCGAUUGGCGGAGCUGGGGGAGGGCCAUCAUCCCACAGGUACACGUGGGCGAUCUCCGAGCAGGUCACUGCGUAUGUCACACGGAGCAAUGGGUGAGGUGCUCCUGACGCCUCCCCGCGAGGCAGUAGGGGAUAUCCGUCGGCGGGAGAAAGAGAUUCUGCACAGGAAGCGGAGUGCGGACAUGGACAGCGAACUCGAUGGCCGCUCCUCUGAUCCUUUGCUGCCACGUGGCAGGGAAGCGGGUGCUGGUUAUCGCGAGACAGGGCGCGGGUUGUCCGAGGGAACGACCCCAACGCCUCAGCGAAGCAGGCGGGUGAGCUCUGGAGGAGGUGGACUAGAUUACGCCCUGGCCAUGGCCUCCCCACCGGGGUCGGCUUCCCCGAGUGCGGGAGACGUAAGGGAGAGGAGGGAAAAUAAGGCGGGGGGGGGGAGCGCGGUGUCGGCUGCUUCGGCCGUUGCAGAGGAUUCCCCGGUUUACCGCCAGCAGAGCGCCGGGGAGAUACACGAGCUGUAUGGCAGGUCGGCGUCGGUGGGGCGUUUCGCUAGGGGGGGAGGAUUGGAAGGCGGAGGCGGGGGGGGAAGUCCGCGGUCCGCUCGCAGAGGCUCGGGAGGACCAGCUUAUGGAUGGGGAGGAAGAAUGGUAGCAGGAGGAGGGAUUCCGCGAGCGAGCACUCGCGCGUUGUCGGAAAUCACAUCAGUCGGCAGUCCUCCCACUACUGCUCGAUCUGGCAGACACCCGGAGAGCCGGCACAGCGGUGGCGGAGGCGAGCGGAAGAGCGGCGCGGAUCGGGAGCUCGAUCGGGGGAGACGGACAAGUCAGCAGCAUUCCUCCCCCUCGUUAAGCGGACUCGGAGGCUAUCCGUCGGGAGGGAUGGGGGAGGAUCGUGAAGCGGGGAAUGGAAGGCAGGAGCGAGGCGCGGAAGGAGGCGGCGGCAGCCGCCCCACAGGCACGGCGAAGGCGGACAAGUCGGUCUCUACCUCGAUCGCGAUCUCCGGCUUGUUGCUUCCGCCUCCAGCGGCGCCUCUGCCAGUCCAAUCAGCGGGGAGAGGUGCGAGCUCCGCCUCCGCCGCCGCCGCAUUAGCAGCGGGAACAGGACCGGGGCCAGCAGGGUUAACCGCGGAGCAGUCCGAGCUAGACAAGGGGAAGCGUGUGAGGGGAGAUGGGGUCGCUGUACCCCCUGGAGGAGGAGGUAUUCAGAUCAAUGUGUCCAGCCGGAAGGGUGCGAACGACGGCGCCGCUGCCUUCCCCGUGUCCUCGGAAAUGCCGAAUGGGAUUACCGUUGAAGGCAAUGGGAGAAGAGGAGAGGUGAAAGAGAGCGAAGAAGAACAGAAGGCUUUGAUCGGAGCUGCAGGUGGGGAGGAGGUGGUAGCGGGGAAGGCGGGCAAGAUCAGGACAAAAGGCAGGGGCAAGGAAAGGGAGCUGGUCCGCGUUGUUUGCACUGGCUGCGAGAGGUCCGCCGAAGUUGACCCGGAGGAAUUGGAAAUGAUUCAGCUGGGAACGAAGGGUAGCUGCGACUCGUGCUUCGAGUUGCUGGUGUUGAGGGAGCCGUUCGAGAGACGACAGCAAUGGGGAGAGCUGGAUGCGACCAUGUCCUGCCAUACAUCGGACGGGUCAGACGUGGACUCGGAGGGGAACUGGAAACCGGGAAGCAGAGGGUUCUUCUUCAGAGCAGUACAGUUUGGGCGCCUCGUAACAAGGCAAGGGUGUCGGCAAGGCAACAAUGAAAAUGAAGAAGGGGAAGAAGAAGACAAACUAGAGGAGGGAGAAGAAGAAGAAGAAGAAGAAGAAGAAGAAGAAGACGAAAAGGAUGAUGAACAAGAAGAAGAAGAAGAAGAAGAAGAAGAAGAAGAAGGGGAAGUAGAAGAAGUGGGAGGAGGGGAAGAGGAAGACAAACUAGAGGAGGCAGAAGAAGAGUUUGAAGAAAGGGAAGAAGAAGACGAAGAGAAGGAGGAAGAAGAAGAAGACGAAGAAAAGAAGUAGAAGGAGAAGAAGAAGGGGAAGAGGAAGAAGUGGGGGGAGGAGGGGAAGAAGAAGACAAACUAGAGGAGGCAGAAGAAGAGUUUGAAGAAGGGGAAGAAGAAGACGAAGAAAAGGAGGAAGAAGAAGAAGACGAAGAGAAGAAGUAGAAAAGAAGUAGAAGAAGGGGAAGAAGAAGAAGUGGGAGAUGACAAAGAAGAAGAUGCUGACAAAGAGGAAGGGGAAGGAGAGGGAGGGGGAGAGGGAGGGGAAGGGGAAGGGGAAGGAGGAGGAGGAGAAGGGGGAAGUGGAGAGAAGGUCGUCAAACAGAGAUGCCCUGUAAACCGUAGGCAGAGAGGGAGAAGAGGACAACAAACGAGGGGUUGUGAACAAACUGUUUCAUUGGAG